AGUGACCCCAGGUGACCUUUGUAAAUGAGAGGAAAGCUCAUAAUGAAGCAGAGCUCACAUGGCCUUGUACAAAGAAGGCAUUUACUCCCUCAAAGAACCUCAGCAAGUAUUUCGAACCUGAGUAUUAAAUGCAACAAAUCAAAUCAUAUCUGCUACUUCCUUUGACUAGAUUGUAAUAUUCCAGCAUUGGAGGACGUCUGCACGGAAGAGGACUCAUGGAGGCAUACAAGGGAGGUCAUUGUUGCUUUUUGCCACGCACACAGAUCUCAUUCCAAGGCUGAUUGUGCAUAUUUCUUCUUUCAAAGAAGAAUUCAAAGGUGCUUCUGACUCUUCAUUAGGUGCGUUCUGCCUGUAUAAAAAUGAUUCGAAAUGAAUUGUGUUUUUUGCAAAUGUUCUGUUUUGGAUCUCUUAAGAUUGUGCAGGUGCACCUAUAUGACGAAUGGGAAGAAAGUAUGAGUAUGAGUUUUAAAUAUGAGCAACUUUUCGAUGCCUUUCGGGCUGCUUAUAUGGGCCAUGUUAAGGUUGAGAUGAAAUGACAAUAAUAUUUGAUGCAUCCUUCAAAGGCAAGCAUGUUGAGGCCACGGUGCGCUGACUCCACCUUCAAGCCGUAUAAAGAAGGUAGAAUUAGUUUCUCCCUCAAGUUGGACUCAGGACUUUGAGCCAAGGAGAUCCGAUAUCACCUUCUUCUGGGGAAGGCGGCGCACACAGAAGGCCUUCUGUCCCACGCCCGUCCUCCGCUCUCACUAUGGCAUCGUCCGGCUUGGAGAUCCUGGGAAUGACGCUGGCUGUGGCGGGCUGGCUGGGGGUGAUGGUGGCGUGCGGCCUGCCCAUGUGGCGUGUGGCCGCGUACGUGGGUCAGAACAUCGUGGUCUCGCAGGUGAUCUGGGAGGGCUUGUGGAUGAACUGCUCGGUGCAGAGCACGGGGCAAAUGCACUGCAAGGUGCACGACUCCAUGCUGGGGCUUCCUGUGGACCUGCAGGCGGCACGCGCUCUCGUGGUGGUCUCCAUGGUGCUGUGCGUCAUGGGUAUCGGAUUGUCUGUGGCGGGGGCGCAGUGCACCGACUGCAGCCGGGACGUGAGCACUAAAUGGCGUUUCAUGGUGGCUGGCGGUCUCGUCUUGACGGUGGCAGGACUGCUGCUGCUGCUGGCGGUGUCCUGGACGGCCCACGCCAUUGUGAUGGGCUUCUACGACCCGCUGCUGGAAGAGACGGGCAAACGGGACUUUGGCAACGCGCUCUACUUCGGCUGGGCCGCCUCCUGCCUGCUCACCCUGGGGGGGGCCUUGCUGUGUUGCUCCUGCCAACCCAGAAAGUCCACGGUGCGCAGGGUGCCCGCCCAGGUGGGCUACACGGCUGUUAAGAGCUUAUCAACACGUGGCUAUGACAGACGAGACUACGUGUGAACA